AUUAGACAAAUUAAACAGGCGGCAAAGCAUAACAGUUCUCUUCCAGACACCGAAAGAGUCAAGUGCCGAAAAAGUAAAAUAAAUUUAAAUACACACCACUUUUGCUGAUAGCAUAACACGAAGCGAAAAAAAAACAAUAACAAGUUUUCCUCUUUGGCAUAGUGGCGAAAUACAAUCGAAAUGGCUUCCAAAUUGGCACCCUGGAUUAGAUUGAGCAAUGGCCAGAAAAUGCCCAUAGUCGGUUUGGGCACUUGGCGUUCUUAUAAAAAUGAAGCCGAAAAAGCUGUCAAAGAUGCCAUCGACAUUGGCUAUCGCCACAUAGACACCGCAUUUGUUUAUGAGAACGAGCAUGAAGUGGGCAGAGCCAUCAACUCAAAAAUCGCUCAGGGAAAAGUCAAAAGAGAGGAUAUGUUUGUCGUCACAAAAUUGGCUGGCAUUCACCAUGGUCCCGAGUUGGUGGAACAUGCCUGCCGCAAGAGUUUGAGCAAACUGGAUGUGGGCUACAUAGAUUUGUAUCUCAUGCAUUUUCCUGUGGCUCUUGCCUAUUCGGGCGAUGAAAUUGUUCGUGGCACUGGUGAGUUAACCGACACCGAUUAUUUGGAUACCUGGAAGGCCAUGGAGAUUCUGAUUGAUUUAGGUCUAGUUAAGGGAAUUGGUUUGUCCAAUUUCAAUUCUCAACAAACCGAUAGAGUUUUGCAAAAUUGUCGCAUACGACCCGUGGUCAAUCAGGUGGAGUGCCAUCCGGCUUUGAAUCAAAAGAAACUCAUAGAAUUUUCCCGCCAACGUGAAAUUGCCAUCACUGCCUAUUGUCCUUUGGCUAGACCAAUUCCCGAACAAAAAUGGCCUGACUUCCUCUAUGAUGAGCAAAUCAGAGAGAUGGCCAACCGUUAUAAGCGCACUCCAGCUCAAAUUUGCCUACGUUACCUGAUUCAGCUGGGAACCAUCGUCAUACCCAAGUCGGCUAGAAAGGAACGCAUAGCUGAAAAUUUCGAUUGUUUCGAUUUCGAGUUAUCCCCAGCUGAUGUGGCGAUAAUGGAUCAGUACAAUAAUGGCACAAGAUUGGUACCCUUCAAUGGCACCGAACACCACAAAUAUUAUCCCUUUAGUGCAGAGUUUUAGUCAGUGUUGUUGUUUGUCAUCGUUUAGUGUAUGACUGUUCUAAUUGGUUGUUAAAAAAAAUAAAUUACUCAAUAAGAA